CCGAGAUCCCCUUCCACUCGAUGCAUUGUUUGCGCAGACUUGUUCUUGGAUCGGUCUUCCUAUUUGUUACUUUGACUGUUCUCCUUCUUUUGUAUUUAUGGAGCGAUGGAAUAGAUAUCUCUAUUUAUGGCAGGUUUCAGUACUGGGACGGCUUGUCUGUACCUGAUCCGGUGAACGUCACCAGGCUCAAUGCCUUUGUGAAGAGGCUCAACACGGCUAAGUUGCUUGCGAAUCACUGUGAGUCGUUCUGGGACGAGACGCUCGAUGCCAACCCCACAAUCGCUCGACUUGAGCGAGAAUCGCUGCGAGAUUUGGACCUUACUGAAGAUGGCGCGGCAGCUGCGGUGCAGUUUCCCUCUUAUCGGUACAAGCCUCUGUACCUGAGUGUCAUCAAUGGAAGCCUCUACUGCCACCCAUUGUCUGACUGCAAACCGCGAAGCCGCGACCAACUGAUGGAUGUCAAAACCACGCACUUUAUCCAAAGGCUUGUUGACGCCCUGCAUCACGCAAGGAAGAAUGGGGAGACUGUGAGCGAUGCGGCGUUCGCAGCUCAUUUUGAGGACUGCCCGAAGAUGUGGUGGGCAUUCAGCGUCUGGCCCUAUCUGGUCAUUGUGGCAUUUCUGCAGGUGGGCAGAGAUGACUGGGGGUGACUUCUGCCAGCAGGAUGACUUCUACAUCGAUCCAGCCAACAAGACAAGUCCUCGACCGCUGUUAUUAUCGGAGUCUUCCUUCAUCAACCUGACGUGGGAUAUUCCGGCGAUUCCCUAUAACAGCCACAACAAUGACGAGGAGGCAUUGACCAGACAGACCCUCUCGAGCUUACUCUAUGGCAAGGGCUCUUCCCCUGACUCAUGGUCACAUGCCUGGAGCAGAAAAAGGGAAAGCGUUUUCUUCAUCGGCAAGUGAAUGACUCAUUCAACCAUUCGUUCACUCAUUCAUUCACUCAUUCAAUCAUUCACCAUGCAGGGCGCAACAACGAUCCAUUUAGGCUGCAAGUCGCCUGCGAAGUGAAUGUGCUGGAGCCGCCGCUAUCCAGAAAACUCUACAUUUCUGACGCCGGGGAGGAGAAGAGGUGGAGAAAUAACUGCACGGAGAAGGCGGCACAGUUGCAACGGUGGGUGUGCGAUAUUCUAUACAAUUGUCACGCGACCUCUAUACUGCUUGCGCAGGGAGCUGGGAUGUAUCGCUAGGCAUAUUUGCCGUCCAGAGCCCGUUAGCGCAGACGAGUGGCAGAAAGAGCUCCUUCAGCAUAAGUAUGCUUUGGAUCUCCCUGGCAUCGGCCCCUGGUCAGCCCGGCUGCGCCUCUUGCUGCUAGCUGGAUCCGUGAUCUUUCAGCAAACACGCAGCUUUGAGGCUGCUCAGGUAAAAUGGGCACUGAGCACCGUGGUAGGCUUGUCUCAACUCACUGUUCCUGUGGUCAUUCAGUUUUACGACCUACUGCUCAAGAGAAAUGGUGUGCUCCACCAAUUCAGUACGUCGAAGGAAUUGGUGGAAAGGGUGAAGUGGUUUCGGCAGCAUGACCAAGUGGCGAGGAGGAUUGCAUUGGCGGGUCAUACAUUUGCAUGGCACUGUUUGACGCGAGAGGGCAUACGGCAGUUCUUGAUGACCUGGUUGAGGCGUCUUGGUCGCAUUAGUAAGCGGCAAUCGCCGGCAAGAAGACAGACAGACAGCAGCUGCCACACUGACGAGGCUAUCUCCCUCAUGGAUCAUGAGACAGGAGUCCUUGAUGACGUGUUACAGAGAUGUGUCUGACAUACAUGAUUUGGUCGUGUCUGUACGUAACUCUAUUUGUUGGACGGGACUGCAUACAACCCGCUAUUUCGAAGCGACAGACACAAUGCUGUGUGGUGCUUGUCUACUGUACAUUGCAUAUCUCAGUCUCAAAGGGGAGAUCCCGUCAGUAG